UGGACUGGCGACAUGGAGGACGGCGUGCUCAAGGAGGGCUUCCUCGUGAAGAGGGGCCACAUUGUCCACAACUGGAAGGCACGAUGGUUCAUCCUUCGGCAGAACACACUCCUGUAUUACAAGCUAGAGGGUGGCCGGCGAGUGACCCCGCCCAAGGGGAGGAUCGUCCUCGAUGGCUGCACCAUCACCUGCCCCUGCCUGGAGUAUGAAAACCGGCCGCUCCUCAUUAAACUAAAGACCCGAACUUCCACUGAGUACUUCCUGGAAGCCUGUUCUCGAGAGGAAAGAGACUCCUGGGCCUUUGAGAUAACAGGGGCUAUCCAUGCAGGGCAGCCAGGGAAGAUCCAGCAACUCCACAUCCUGAAGAACUCCUUCAAGCUGCCCCCACACAUCAGCCUGCAUCGAAUUGUGGACAAGAUGCAUGACACCAGCAGCGGAAUCCGGCCGAGUCCCAACAUGGAGCAGGGAAGCACCUACAAAAAGACCUUCCUGGGCUCCUCUCUGGUGGACUGGCUCAUCUCCAACAGCUUUGCAGCCAGCCGUCUGGAGGCAGUGACCCUGGCCUCCAUGCUUAUGGAAGAGAACUUCCUCAGGCCAGUAGGGGUCCGAAGCAUGGGAGCUAUUCGCUCUGGGGAUCUGGCCGAGCAGUUUCUGGAUGAUUCCACAGCCCUAUACACUUUUGCUGAAAGCUACAAGAAGAAGGUAAACCCCAAGGAAGAGAUCAGCCUCAGCACAAUGGAGUUAAGUGGCACAGUGGUCAAACAAGGCUACCUAUCCAAGCAGGGGCACAAGAGGAAAAACUGGAAGGUGCGUCGAUUUGUUCUGAGGAAGGACCCAGCUUUCCUGCACUACUAUGACCCUUCCAAAGAAGAUAACAGGCCAGUAGGUGGGUUUUCUCUUCGUGGUUCCCUUGUGUCUGCUCUGGAGGAUAAUGGUGUUCCUACUGGAGUUAAAGGGAAUGUCCAAGGAAAUCUCUUCAAAGUGAUAACGAGGGAUGACACACACUAUUAUAUCCAGGCCAGCAGCAAGGCUGAGCGAGCAGAAUGGAUUGAAGCUAUCAAGAAGCUGACAUGAUCCGAAGGAGCAGGACCAGGGUCUUCAUCACUGGAUACAGAUCAGACUUCCUGGAGAACUGGAGUACAAGAUAUUGGGCUGGGGAUGUGACUCAGUGGUAGAGGACUUGCCUGGCAAUCCUGAGGCCCCAGGUUCAAUUCUUGGUACUAUUUGUUUGUUUUUUAAAAAGACUUUACCAUUGUACAUUUUGCACCACUUUGGAAUGAGACUGCCCAAGGUGGCUCCUCAGAUAACAGUGAGGAUGUGAUUUCUUUCUGCCUUCCUAUGACCAACUUUAAAAGCUGGACCAGCUGUUAGGUGGGCAGUAUCUUGACUUUGCUCUUCAGGACAGAAAUCUGUCUGUCUUUGGGGAGUAUAGUAGUACCUCUCUGUUGGAAUACUAACUCCAGCGUUGCUAUAUUAAAUACUCUAGUCUCAAGACAGCUCUCAACUGAUUUCAACAACUCAGUAUCUCUGGGAUUAAUAAAAAUUGACAUCUGUCUCU